AUGCUGCUCUCCCUCGCCCCGCCCCGCCUGCUACCCCGCCUCCCCUCCCCGGCGACCGCCACCGCAACCACUGCCCGGCCCCGCGCCCUCGCCCUCGCCCCGCGCCGCGCGCUCUCCUCGGCCGCCAGAACCGCCGCUCCUCCGCUCCGCGCGGUGGUCUCCGAACGGGCUGUUGACGGGAUGGCGCCGGCGGCGGCGGGGCUGGAGGGGCGGCCGCUCCGGGUGGGGCUCGUGUGCGGCGGGCCCUCCGCCGAGCGGGGCAUCUCGCUCAACUCCGCGCGCUCCGUGCUCGAUCACAUCCAGGGUGAGGACUUGUUGGUGAGCUGCUACUACAUCGACUGUGGCAUGAACGCGUUCGCGAUCUCGCCAGCCCAGCUGUACUCCAACACCCCUUCCGAUUUCGAUUUCAAGCUUGAAAGUCUAGCACAAGAAUUUUCCACCCUAUCUGAAUUUGCGGAACAUCUUGCUGCCAAUGUUGACAUUGUCUUCCCAGUGAUACAUGGGAAAUUUGGUGAAGAUGGUGGUAUUCAGGAGCUUUUGGAGAAAGCAAAUGUUCCAUUUGUUGGGACGCCCUCUAAUGAAUGCCUCCGUGCUUUUGACAAGCAUAAUGCAUCGCUCGAGCUCGACGCUCAAGGUUUCUUAACAGUACCAAACUUUCUUGUAGAGAAGGAUAAAUUGGCUAAGUCACAAUUGGAGGAAUGGUUUGGAAGCAUCAAUUUGAAUAAAGAAAAUGGCAAAGUGAUUGUCAAACCUACGAGAGCUGGAUCAAGCAUCGGUGUAGUUGUCGCUUAUGGUGCUAAUGAGGCAGCUGAGAAAGCCGAGGGAAUAUUUUCAGAGGGAAUUGAUGAUAAGGUUAUCAUCGAAGUUUUUCUUGAAGGGGGCUGUGAGUUUACAGCCAUUGUUCUUGAUGUUGGGACAGCUAAUAAUAGUGAGCCUAUCGUUUUGCUUCCAACGGAAGUUGCUUAUCAUACACCUCCACGGUUUCCGGCAGAGGUGAUAGAUUGCAUAAGAAAAGGAGUAUCCCUUUUAUUUCGCCACUUUGGCCUGCGUGACUUCGCUAGGAUAGAUGGUUGGUUCUUACCAAGUCCUGCUACUUCUCUGCCCUCGUCUGAAAACGGUGUUAAAUUUGGAAAUACAGAGUAUGGUGCUGUCCUUUUCACUGAUAUUAACUUGAUAAGUGGGAUGGAGCAAACCAGUUUCUUAUUUCAACAAGCUUCAAAGGUUGGAUUCUCUCACUCUCGAAUCCUCCGUACAAUUGUUCAGCGUGCUUGCUCACGUUUUCCUUCCCUUGUUUCAAGCAAUAAUGCAUGGACUGCUUUAUCCAGAAAAAUGCAAUCUGCAAAACAAGCAGAGAUAAUCCAAAAUGUCACAUGCAAGCAGAAGGCAUUUGUGAUAUUUGGUGGCGAUACUUCAGAGCGGCAAGUAUCUCUUAUGAGUGGCACAAAUGUCUGGCUUAAUUUGCAAGGGUUCGAUGAUCUUGAUGUGACACCGUGCUUGCUUGCACCUUCAAGUGGAUGUUCUUCCCACAACCAAGAUCUCAGCAAAAGUUCACGCGAUGUUUGGACACUGCCAUAUUCUUUAGUGUUACGACAUACCACUGAAGAAGUUCAUGCUGCAUGUUUCGAAGCAAUUGAACCAGAGCGGGUUGAAAUAACAUCUCGCUUACGUGAUCAAGUAAUGAAAGAACUUCAACAAGCAUUAAGCAAGCAAGAUUGGUUUGCGGGCUUUGACAUCACUGAUGAACAACCUAUCAAAUACUCCCUGCAACAGUGGAUUGAUUAUGUUAAAGAAGCUAAAGCUGUAGUGUUCAUAGCAGUUCAUGGUGGUAUUGGGGAGGAUGGCACCAUUCAAUCGCUAUUGGAAUCUGCAGGAGUUCCUUACACAGGGCCAGGACCAAUAGCUUCUAGAACAUGCAUGGACAAAGUUGCAACUUCACUUGCUGUUGAUCAUUUGGCUAGUUAUGGCAUUCACACUAUACCAAAGGAUGUAAGAGCAACAGAAGAGCUACUAAAGUCAUCUCUUGUUGAUAUCUGGAAUGACCUGAAAGCAAAAUUACAAACAGAAACGGUAUGUGUGAAACCUGCUUGUGAUGGAUGCUCAACUGGUGUGGCAAGAUUGCGAUGUCCAGAGGACCUAGAAGUCUAUGCAAAUGCGCUGAGGGGAAAGCUUCCGCGUCUGCCUGCUAACUGUCUAUCCAGGGCACAUGGAGUUAUUGAGAUGCCAGUCCCUCCUCCGGAGUCACUGAUAUUCGAACCAUUUAUCGAAACCGACGAAAUUAUUAUCUCAAAUAAAUCAAGGAAUGAUAGUACCCGCCAUCUGGUAUGGAAGGGCGAAAAUGAGUGGCUUGAAGUGACUGUUGGUGUGGUCGGCAAACGUGGGGAGAUGCAUUCAUUGAAUCCAAGCAUCACAGUCAAAGAAAGUGGUGAUAUUUUGUCUCUUGAAGAGAAAUUUCAAGGUGGAACUGGAAUCAACUUGACACCACCUCCGGCAACAAUUAUGAGUGAGGAUGCGCUAGAGAAGUGCAAAAAGUGUAUCGAGAUGAUGGCGAACACAUUGGGUUUGGAGGGUUUUUCACGCAUCGACGCAUUUGUUAAUGUGCGUAGCGGAGAGGUGCUGUUGAUAGAGGUGAACACCGUACCUGGGAUGACUCCGUCCACAGUUCUGAUUCACCAGGCACUCACGGAGGAACCGCCCAUCUACCCCCACAAGUUCUUCAGAACGCUCCUCGACCUGGCGUUUGCAAGGGCAGACUAG